CGCUCCCCGUUCGUCUUGCUUUGGUACCGCAGGACGCCAGGGACCCUUGGGACCAGAGCUACAACACCGCCGCAGCCCCUCAUCCAAGUGCUGGGCCGCCUCCCAGAGAAGCAACCCUGACUCGGGACGGACCGGCGCGGCUGGUGCUGCGCAGCGCAGAUAACUGUGACUGAAAGACCAAUGGCUUUGGACGCAGGAAUGCAGGCUGAAGACAGCGGCACUUCCCUCAGCGAGCUCUGGCUGUGCGCCCUGUCCUCGGGAGUCAACUAGGAGUCCCCAGAGCUCUCUGUCCUGGACCCAAGCUGCCGUGAAGACACAGAGGAAACCCGGUACUGAAGACACAGUACCAAACCCAGCACUUCUUCAUAAAAAGUCUUCCAGCUGCAUGAGACAGGUCCUCGGAGCCCAGGAAAAGCCGUCACCGCGCGGUUAUGGAGCGCGGCAAUAGCACCAUCCAGGCUCCGGGCUUGCCGCCCACCACGUGCGUCUACCGCGAGGACUUCAAGCGCCUGCUGCUCCCCCCGGCCUACUGCGUGGUGCUGGCGGUCGGCCUGCCGCUGAACGUCUGCGUCAUCACGCAGCUCUGCGCCUCCCGCCGGGCCCUGACCCGCUCGGCCGUCUACACCCUGAACCUGGCCCUGGCGGACCUGCUCUACGCCUGCUCGCUGCCCCUGCUGGUCUAUAACUACGCCAGAGGGGACCACUGGCCCUUCGGAGACCUCGCCUGCCGCCUGGUGCGCUUCCUCUUCUACGCCAACCUGCACGGCAGCAUCCUGUUCCUCACCUGCAUUAGCUUCCAGCGCUACCUGGGCAUCUGCCACCCCCUGGCCCCCUGGCACAAGCGCGGGGGUCGCCGCGCUGCCUGGGUGGUGUGCGCGGCCGUGUGGCUGGCCGUGACGGCCCAGUGCCUGCCCACGGCGCUCUUCGCCGCCACGGGAAUCCAGCGCAACCGCACGGUCUGCUACGACCUGAGCCCGCCCGCCCUGUCGGCCCGCUACCUGCCCUACGGCAUGGCGCUCACGGUCAUCGGCUUCCUGCUGCCCUUCGCGGCGCUGCUGGCCUGCUACUGCCGCAUGGCGCGCCACCUGUGCCGCCGGGACGGCCCGGCAGGACCUGUGGCCCAGGAGCGGCGCAGCAAGGCGGCCCGUAUGGCUGUGGUGGUGGCCGCCGUCUUCGCCAUCAGCUUCCUGCCUUUCCACAUCACCAAGACGGCCUACUUGGCCGUGCGCUCCACGCCGGGCGUCUCCUGCCCUGUGCUGGAGACCUUCGCUGCGGCCUACAAAGGCACUCGGCCCUUCGCCAGCGCCAACAGCGUGCUGGACCCCAUCCUCUUCUACUUCACGCAGCAGAAGUUCCGGCGGCAGCCCCACGAGCUCCUGCAGAGGCUCACGGCCAAGUGGCAGCGGCAGAGAGCCUGAGGCCCCCAGGCGGCCCUGAGGCGCUGGCUGCCAUGUGUUUGCUAACCGGGCCAUGGUGCCUGAAGCUUCCCCCAAUUCCAAGCCAUGCGGAGAAGCAAACCUCGGCUCAACAGGCCUGGGCCUCAGAGGUUCUACAUCAGCCACAGAGCCAAGAGACCUAUGUUUCAGGGACUGGUCAGUUCAUGCGUGUUAUCCCAGAACUCAGGGUGUGGUGACUGAAGGACACAAGUUGCAGGCCAGCCUGGUCUACACGGCGACAUCCUGUCUCAGACAAUCGAGGGUUGGGACUAGAGCUCCGUAGCACAUGCCUGGAGUAUGCUAGGCCCUGGAUUCAAUCCCUAGCACCGCAAAGUCCAACAAAGGUCUCCUCCCUGACCCCUGUUGUGUUUACAAGGUGGAGGGGGCCACUGGUGCCCUCAUGACCGUGAAGCAAGGCCCCUUCUGGACAGCAGCAAGCUGGGGAGGCUCACGUUCCCACAUUCCCAUCCAUUUGCCAAGACUUUGUCAUAAGGAAGAGAAAUACAUGUGUU